AUGCAUAUUCCAUCUUUGCUCGUAGCGGGCGUAGUCACCGUGGUUGGUGCACAGUCUUCGAGCUUUUCACCUUUGCGUCCACCUGCCAUUCCGCUGGCUGUCAAGUCGCCUUAUCUCAGCACAUGGUCCCAAGCUGGCAGUGAUGCCGGCAACGGCGGUUAUCUGGCCGGACAAUGGCCCACCUUUUGGUUUGGUCAGGUCACCGGCUGGGCUGGCAUGAUUCGGGUAGACAACUCGACGUACACAUGGAUGGGCAAUCCGCCGAACUCGGUGUUUGUCAACCAGACAUCGUUCCAGUACACUUCUACGCAGUCCAUCUUCACUAUGCAGGCCGGACCUGUCCAGAUGGUCAUCACUUUCCUUUCGAGCGUGACUCCGGAUGACUUGCUGCGAUCUUCUCUUCCAUUUACUUACAUGAACGUCGAUGUUCAUGCUACCGAUGGCAAGACUCAUAACGUUCAGCUAUACUCAGACAUUUCUGCCGAAUGGGUCGCUGGUGACCACAGUGCACGAGCUCAAUGGUCGUACGGCAACAUUGCCACCGACACAGAUUCAACUCCAAAGAGCUUCGGUCCAGCGCCCAGCGCUGUCUCUACUUCUCAGGCAUCGACGACAUUUGGAAGCAAAACAGCCUUCGCCGUUCCUGAUGUUGUUGCCCAUACGAUGGUCCCAAUCUAUGCCGAAGGACAGGGCAAUCGUCCUACGCCGUCGUUGAAUCAACCCCACCCGACUUUCUCCCCGAUCACUGUGGAAGCUGCUGCAGUUGGCGGUGGCAUUGCGUACCACAAAGUGUUCAGGCAGACUCAGCUGGAGUUUUCAGAGACGAAUCAGCAGGCGGACUGGGGCAACUGGUACUACUCUACAGCAAAUGUCAGCGGACUGACAUUCCAGUCUGGAGCCGACACGACUGUGCGAGGCAAUUUUGCAAAGUCCGGGACGCUACCAAACACCAGAGACACGAACUAUCGCCCUAUCAACCAGGCCUACCCAGUCUUUGGGUACGCAAUGAACUAUGGUCAGGUCGGCUCCGGCACGCAGAGUACAUUGUUCCAGCUCAGUCUCCAUCAGAACCGAUGCAUACAGUUCCAAGGCACAAAGAAUGGCGUUCAGCAGCUCCCAUGCAUGUGGACGAACUACUUCACCAGUGAUGCUGCAGCAGUCAAGUUCUUCUACAAUGACUUCAGUAAUGCAAAAUCAACGGCAUCCAGCUUCGAUUCACGGAUAUCCAGUGACUCCAACGCUGCUGGUGGCUCGGACUAUGUCUCAUUGACCUCUCUUGCAACGAGACAAGCUAUGGGAGCGAUUGAGUACACCAACACCCCUGACAAGCCACUUUUGUUCAUGAAAGAGAUCAGCUCUGACGGUAACGUCAACACGGUUGAUGUGAUUUUCCCGUACCAUCCAAUCGCACUCUACACAAACGCCGCAAUACUAAAAUGGCUGCUGGACCCACUGUUCAUCAACCAGGAAGCAGGAAACUGGCCGAACAAGUACUCGAUCCACGAUAUCGGAAGCAGCUUCCCUAACGCCACAGGUCAUAGUGACGGCAAUGCUGAGGCUCAACCACUGGAGGAGUGUGGUAACAUGCUAAUCAUGACUUUGGCAUAUGCUCAAAGAGCGAACGACAAUGCCUACCUUACUCAACAUUACCAAAUUCUGAAACAAUGGACUGGAUACUUGGUCGACGAAGCACUAAUUCCUGCCAAUCAAAUCUCCACCGACGACUUCGCUGGCUCCGCGGCCAACCAGACGAAUCUCGCCAUCAAAGGGAUAAUCGGGAUCGAAGCGAUGGCCCAGAUUGCGAACCGCACUGGCAAUGUUGCGGACGGACAGAACUACACCCGCAUCGCUCACGACUACAUUACCAAAUGGCAGAAUUUGGGCAUCAACUAUAAUGAUAGCCCACCGCACACGACAUUCAACUACGGUAACGCUAGCUCGUAUAGUCUGCUAUACAAUCUCUACAGUGAUAGGGAGCUGGGUCUGCAGCUCGUCCCGCAGAGUGUCUACGACAUGCAGAGCAACUUUUACCCGACAAAGUUUAAUGCUUUCGGCGUGCCUCUGGACACCAGGCAUACUUACACCAAGAACGACUGGGAAAUCUUUUGUGCCGCCAUUGCCUCUGCGUCAACAAAGACCAGGUUCAUUUCCACGAUUGCCAAGUGGCUCAACCAGACCCCGACGAAUUUUGCGUUUACUGAUCUUUAUGAUACGAUCAGUGGAAACUAUCCCGGCAUCACCUUCAUCGCGAGGCCUGUCGUUGGUGGGAUGUUUGCACCGCUUGCGUUGAACAGUGCCCCGACGAGCGGGACUGUUCUACCGAAAUGA